AUGUUAUACAAAGUGAUCCUAUCGAUAAUUAAGGAUUUCUUCGAUUAUCUUACUAAGAUUCGGUCAAAUCUAUGGAUAGUCCCAUAUGAUUUCCCACUUAAGAGUAUCAUCGAUUCUUUGAAGACAGAUGAUGUUACAUCACUCAAAUCCAUUGUUAAUUCUAAAUCUGAAGCAGAUACAAAAAUAAAUCCAUCAAUUCUUCUUGCACCUCCUAUCUUAGGAUUCUCUGCUCCAUAUGUUUCACUUGCAUCAUUCUUUGGAUCGAUCAAAUGCUUAGAAUACCUGAACAAUCUUGGUGCCGAUUUAUUACAAGAAGAUGACGAAGGUCGACAACCAAUCCAGUUUGCACUUGCAGGAGGAAACAUUGAAUGCGCUCAAUUCCUCAAGAAUCAUUCUAAUUUAUCGUUUGAGGGAUGCUUGUCAAUUUCAAUUGAAUAUUUGAACAGAGAUGAAUUCAAUUGA